AUGGCAUCAUAUCCAUUCGGUUUCCGUGUCGCGCAGGCUGUCGGGAACAUCGCAGCUCUUAGCACCAUCACCACACCUGCUCUUAUCCUAUCUCAAAAAGAAGAUAACCCUCCUGUUGGCCUGCUGGCCAAACAAUGGAGGAACUUGUUUGAAAAUGGCAAAUCAAAGAACCCACCCGUCGCAGUUGGCGUGACUUCUGCUUUCAUCUACCUUGCUUGGUCUGUUCGAUCGGGGGGGUCCCUUAUUCCAAAAGACUCCUAUCAGCAGAUCGAGGACUUCUGCCUCUGA